AUGCCCACCUUAGCUCGCUCCUUCUCGUCCGUCAGCUCCAAUGUCGCUGUGAUCGUUCCUAAUAAGCCGUCGGCCUUUUCGGUCUCUUACCAGCAGCUGCAUACCCAUGUUGCCGACUUCCAGGCCAAGCUUGCGAGACUUGGGGUGGGCCACGGAGCUGCCGUGUCACUGGCUCUGGCGAACUCUUAUGAAUUCAUCGUCUCGUUUCUAGCUGCAUCAUGGCAGCGAAGCAUUGCGGCUCCUCUCAACCCCGCAUAUAAGCAGCAUGAGUUUGAGUUCUAUAUCGACGACUUGAGUUCGACCCUGGUAUUGAUUCCGCGGGGCACUUAUGCUCAGAAUGGCCCUGCGGUGCGGGCUGGCAGGAAGUACAAUGCUGCCAUUGCGGAAUGCUACUGGGAUGGAAAGGAGGUCGUGUUGGAUGUCAAGGAGCAGGGGAAAUUAUCAGGAAAAGGAGAUGUCGGCAUGUUGCAGGCACAGCCAGAUGAUAUCGCUCUUGUUCUGCACACAAGCGGCACGACUGGCAGACCCAAAGCUGUUCCCCUGACGCACAAGAACCUGACCACUAGCAUGAACAACAUCCGGGCUACAUAUAAGUUGACCCCCGAGGAUCGCACCUACUUGGUGAUGCCUCUAUUCCACGUCCACGGGCUGUUGGCCGGAUUCCUCGCCCCCCUUUUGUCUGGAGGCUCCGUAAUUGUGCCUCCCAGAUUCUCCGCAUCGGAGUUCUGGGCGGAUUUCGUUGGAUUCCACGCGAACUGGUACACAGCUGUGCCUACGAUCCAUCAGAUCCUCCUUAAGACACCGCUGCCGAACCCCAUUCCCAAGAUCCGGUUCAUUCGCUCAUGCUCAUCGCCGCUGUCGCCAAAGACUUUCGAGGAUCUGGAAAAGACGUUCAAGGCCCCCGUCCUGGAAGCGUACGCGAUGACCGAGGCUUCGCACCAGAUGACCAGCAACCCUCUCCCGUCUGGCAAACGACAGCCUGGAAGUGUCGGUAUCGGACAAGGCGUGGAGGUCAAGAUCCUCGACCAGGAGGGCAACGAAGUGGCCCAGGGCGCCGAGGCGGAGAUCUGCGUCCGAGGCGAGAACGUGACCAAGGGCUACCUCAACAAUCCCGCGGCCAACAAGUCGUCCUUCACCAAGGAGGGCUUCUUCCGCACGGGCGACCAGGGAAAGAAGGACCCCGACGGCUACGUGAUCAUCACCGGCCGAAUUAAGGAGCUCAUCAACAAGGGCGGCGAGAAGAUCAGCCCCAUCGAGCUGGACAACACGCUGCUAUCUCACCCCGGAGUUGCGGAGGCUGUCUGCUUCUCCAUUCCCGACGAGGGCCACUAUGGCGAGGAUAUCGGGGCUGCGGUUGUCCUGAAGAGCGCGGGCGCUGCAACCGAGGCGGAUCUUAAAUCGUGGGUGGCGGGCAAGUUGGCCAAGUUCAAGACCCCCAAGCAGGUCUGGAUCGUAUCCCAGAUUCCCAAGACCGCUACCGGCAAGAUCCAGCGCCGCAAGGUGGCCGAGGCGAUGCUCAAGCCCAAGGCGAAGCUGUAG